GUCAUUUACCGACAUCGAAGAUCACUGUCAAAUAAAUCAUUUAGUAUUAUUAUUUAUUUGUAAACCCCAAUUUUAAAAAUUCCACAAUGAUUCUCCCAGAAUGAAGGCGGCGUGCAUAAUCCUGACGGUGCUGAUCCUCAUCGCGAUCCUGGCCGUCUGCGUGAUGGUCAAGUUCGCCACCGACAUCGCCUUCGAGGAGCGCAAAAGGGAACACGCACAAGCCAGCAACGUCUUCCAACUCGUCAAGACCAUGGGAGUGAUUGCGCUCAACGAGAACGUGUCCCUGUCAGUGUCAGACAGAUUUCCCUACCUCGCUGCAAUCACCAGGAACUCGUCAAAUUCGUGGUCUUUCGCGUGUUUCGGAAGCGUGAUUCUAAUCAAGUGGGUAGUGACUUCCGCACAUUGUAGGAAACCAGGCACGACCCACAGGGUGCUGCUUCUGCACGACUACUCCCGAAACAGUAGCCUAACGUACCCCGUUCUCUUCUGGAGACUACACGAGAAGUACAACUCUAGCAAACCAACGCCUAAGUACGAUAUAGCUGUCGCAAAGCUGAAUGUGGACUUUUACCAGUUUUCAAUGAAGUCUUCACUAUUUGAUGACAAAUUAGCGACAGUUGUAGAGGCCAGUGUUUGGAAGACUGUCUCUACUAUGGACAAGAAAGUCUACUUGACAAAUGACUUCGACAAGUUUGAUGCUAGAGUUGUGGAUAAGACGAGAUGUUACGAGGGGUAUGGAGUGGAUUUGGAUGACUCGUUGAUGUGCGUGGACAUGUCUCCGUAUGAGGACUGCUUCGUCUUCGAGUUCGGGCCGCUAUAUGCCGGAGAUAAAGUGGUGGGGGUGCUGGCUGUGAAGCCUGCGGAUUGUGAUACCAAGCUAGCCAUAUUCACCAAUGUUUCGCAUUAUACUAACUGGAUAAUGAGGUCUACGCAUACUAAUUAUAGAUGAUGUUUGAACA